AUGCUCGAGGAAGUUGUUGAUGGCGUCAGCUGGUUUGCGCGCGUCACGACGGUGGAGCCGUGCGACGGACGUGGCUCUUCAAGUGGGUACAGGUGGCCGUCGCUCCUAUUGCCGCAGCCCGACGUGAGCAACAAUUUCAUACCUGCCAGCUUAACAUCUGGCGUCGGGGAGGGAGGCAAGUUAUGGUCACUGCGCCGUACCCAAAAGAACGGAUCCCCCUCCGCGGCGUUUCCUUCACUGCCGAUACUGGACUUGUUAGCCACGAAAUACGAACAACGGAGGUUUUCCCUCAUACGGCAGAAAAGAGCGCCAUGCUACACGGAAGCGAAGCGGAAUGCCUGCGGUAAGGAGGCACCGCGCAUCGAGCAGCGUCUUGCAAAGACGUUGAAGUCGGAGGUAGAGGAGGUAGCAAUGGCUGUGGUGGUGGGGCCUCGGCCAAGCAGCAGCUGUAGUGCUUAG